CAGGGCCGGACUGACCAUUUGGAAACUCGGGCACUGCCUGAGGGCCUGGGGUCAGUAGGGGGCCCCAUGAGAUUCCCCGGUACCUUUUUUCAUAGGCUUUUUUGAGUUUGGGCAAGGACAUGGGCCCAUGAUCCCCUAUUGCCCGGGGGCCCCAUGAGUUGUCAGUCCGCCCCUGGCUGGCAAUAUUGUGGUAUAUGAGAGGGUGACUCUCCCUAACUAGGACACAGACAGCAGUAAAAACCUAACAAGUG